GCGAGCCAGGCCAUCCUUUGGCUGGCAGUUCGGGAGUUUCGGCAGUUCGUAGCGCAGCGCCGGGAAGGACCGAGGCCGGCUUUGGGGCGAGGUGGGGAGGGGGCGGGCAGGCAGGCAGGCAAUGGCCGGGGUCUCGUCGGAGAAGAGCACGCUGCUUCAUCUGUUCGCCGGGGGCUUUCAGGAUACUCUGCACCACAUAAAAUGCGGUGGGACAGUGGGGGCCAUCUUCACCUGCCCUUUGGAAGUGAUUAAGACAAGGUUGCAGUCCUCAAGGUUGGCCUUCCGGGCUGUCUAUUAUCCGCAGGUCCAUCUGGGCACGCUCAGCGGCGAAGGCGUGGUCCGUCCUACCUCUUUGCCCCCAGGUGUCCUCCAGGUGCUGAAGUCCAUUUUGGAAAAGGAGGGCCCGAAGUCACUUUUCCGUGGGCUGGGGCCCAAUUUGGUUGGAGUUGCGCCAUCCAGGGCUGUUUAUUUUGCGUUUUAUUCCCGAGCGAAGGAGCAAUUCAACCACGUUUUCGUACCGAACAGCAAUAUGGUCCAUAUCUCUUCGGCAGCUUCCGCAGCUUUUGUGACGAACUCCCUGAUGAAUCCCAUCUGGAUGGUGAAAACCAGAAUGCAGCUAGAAAGAAAAGUCCGUGGCUCGAAGCAAAUGAACACCCUCCAAUGCGCCAAGUACGUUUACCGCUCCGAAGGCAUCCGGGGUUUUUACCGAGGCCUCACCGCCUCCUACGCAGGCAUAUCCGAGACCAUCAUCUGCUUUGCUAUUUAUGAAAGAUUGAAGCAACUCUUAAAAGAUCCCAGCUGGUCCCCUUUCACUGGAAACCCGGAGAAGAAUUCCACCAAUUUCCUCGGAAUCACGGUUGCCGCUGCCAUUUCCAAAGGAUGCGCGUCUUGCAUCGCUUACCCACACGAGGUCAUCCGGACGAGGCUACGCGAGGAAGGAACCAAGUAUCAGUCCUUCCUCCAGACGGCCCGUCUGGUCUUCCAGGAAGAAGGCUAUUUCGCUUUUUACCGCGGACUUUUUGCUCAGCUGAUGAGGCAGAUCCCGAACACGGCUAUCGUCCUGUCGACCUACGAAUUGAUCGUGUAUCUGUUAGAAGAGCAAGUGAAAUAGCCGCCCGAAGCCCAGACCGAAUGCAGCCAGUAACAAAUAAUAAUAAUAAUAAUAAUAAUAGCACGAUUGUGGGACAGUUCACAACACACUAGGGGAAAAAAACAAACUUUUGAAACGGACAGUCUUGCUCGCUGGAUGUUGUUUUGAGGAGGGGGCAUUUCUCCUCUCCCCCCACCCCAUUGCAAUUUCCCUUCCAGAAUCUUUGUUUUUAAAGGUAUGUAUGUUAAUAAGAGUUAUUGCUUUCUUUUUUUUUUUAACUUAAAUGAGAGACGGUUCAGAAAUUAAAAAGAAUGACUGAAUUAAAUUAUGUUAUUUAAUUUCUG